GGGGAGGGGAGGCCUCGGGCGACCGCCCCCUGCCCCACAGCUGAGACCGGACUAUCCAGCCCUAGAUGUGGCGCCGCCACCGUCCGAGACCCGUGCCACCCAUCCUGGAGCCUGAGGGGUCCAGAGUCGCAGACUCCAACAGCCCGAAACUCUGCACCGCAUCCCGAGAGACCCCCGAAGCCCAGGCCCCACCCAGCGUCCAAGCUUGAGGACCCCAGACAUCCAGGUGCCCAGCGCCCCCUCCUGGAGAAGCCAGGAGUCCCCUUCAGCCCCGCGCGACCCUGUAGGCCCAGCUUCCUGCACUCAGUUUCGAAGAACUUAGGAUCCCAGACCGGAGUUUCCCUCUAGAGUUUCCCAGAAAGCUAAGUCCAAGACUCCCCGGGUUGGAGGAACUUGGGAUACGGACUCCUAGUGUCCUACCCAGCCUGUUUAGAGCUGAAGCGCCCACUACUUCAAGGGAAAGGGACCCUGGAAUUUGGGGUUCCCUGCACUCCUGCCUAGAGAUGGUUUAAUUCCUGCUCUUAGAGUUAGGGGAACUCAGGAAUACGGACUCCCCCCCAACCCACGAACCCAUCUAGAAGGCUCAGGAAUUUGGGUUCCCAGCACUACAAUUUGAGAUUCAAGAGUCGAGGCUCCCAGCAUCUUCUGCUUAGAGGACCAAAGAAAUUCGGACCACUACACCCCAUUUUCGGAGAGAUCCCGGAGUUUGUUCUCGGAACCUGAGAGCACGAAGUUCACACCUCGGACUUGCUGAGACGCGGGAGCCCCGGUUCUGCUCCUCCUCGGAGACCGUGCGAGGGUCGAAUAGCAACCGGGCUGCCUUGCUCUGGGGCUGGAGACUCCCCGGGAGAAGCCGCUCAGCCAUGCCUGAGGGAGCCCGUGGACUGGGCUUGUCCAAACCCAGCCCUCGCCUCGGCCGCAGAGGUGAAGAGUGUGACUGUGCAGCCGUGUGUGAGACUCGGACAGCCCCUGCACCCCCCGCCAUGGCCUCACCCCGAGGUUCUGGGAGCUCCACGUCCCUGAGCACGGUGGGCUCCGAGGGAGACCCGGCCCCAGGGCCUGCCCCAGCCUGCCCCGCCUCCAGGCCAGAGCCCCUUCCAGGGCCCCCCAUCCGCCUGCAUCUGUCACCUGUGGGGAACCCCAGUUCGGCAAAACCCUCGCGGCUGGAGCGUGUGGCCCGUGAGAUCGUGGAGACAGAGCGGGCCUAUGUCCGGGACCUCCGCAGCAUCGUGGAGGACUACCUGGGCCCUCUGCUGGAUGGCGGGGUCUUGGGGCUGAGUGCGGAGCAGGUGGGCACGCUGUUUGCCAACAUCGAAGACAUCUAUGAGUUCAGCAGCGAGCUCCUGGAGGACCUGGAGGGCAGCAGCAGUGCCGGGGGCAUUGCCGAAUGCUUCGUGCAGAGGAGCGAGGAUUUUGACAUCUACACGUUGUACUGCAUGAACUACCCAAGCUCCCUGGCCCUACUCCGGGAGCUGUCGCUGUCUCCGCCAGCGGCUGUGUGGCUGCAGGAGCGCCAGGCCCAGCUCCAGCACUCCCUGCCCCUGCAGAGCUUCCUGCUCAAACCCGUUCAGCGCAUCCUCAAGUACCAUCUGCUGCUGCAGGAGCUUGGCAAGCACUGGGCGGAGGGCCCAGAUGCCGGGGGCCGGGAGAUGGUGGAGGAGGCUAUCGUGUCCAUGACAGCGGUCGCCUGGUACAUCAAUGACAUGAAACGCAAGCAGGAGCACGCUGCGCGCCUCCAGGAGGUGCAGCGGCGGCUGGGUGGCUGGACCGGCCCAGAGCUCAGUGCCUUUGGGGAGCUGGUGCUGGAGGGUGCAUUCCGAGGUGGUGGAGGGGGCGGCCCCCGACUUCGAGGGGGUGAACGGCUGCUCUUUCUAUUCUCACGGAUGCUGCUUGUGGCCAAGCGCCGGGGGCCGGAAUACACCUACAAGGGCCACAUCUUUUGUUGCAACCUGAGCGUGAGUGAGAGCCCUCGAGACCCCCUGGGGUUCAAGGUGUCCGAUCUGACCAUCCCCAAGCACCGGCACCUGCUCCAGGCCAAAAACCAAGAAGAAAAGAGGCUGUGGAUUCACUGUCUCCAGCGCCUCUUCUUCGAGAACCACCCUGCCUCCAUCCCUGCCAAGGCAAAGCAAGUUCUUCUUGAAAACAGCUUGCACUGUGCUCCCAAAAGUAAGCCUAUCCCAGAGCCCCUGACACCCCCACUUGGGUCUCCCCGACCUCGAGAUGCUAGAAGUUUCACCCCUGGACGAAGGAACACAGCUCCAUCACCAGGACCCGCUGCUACCCGACGCGGCCGCAGACAGUCUGAGCCUCUGAAGGACCCUUAUGUCAUGUUUCCACAGGAUGCUAAGCCUAGACUCAAGCACGCUGGCAGUGAGGGGGAGCUCUACCCCCACUUAGAGCCUCAGCCACCAGUUCCAGCUUCCGGACCCCCGGAGGAUCUGGAGGACGGAGGACCCGGACCCCCAACGCUGGACCCCUCUGGGACCUCGAUCACUGAAGAAAUCCUGGAGCUGCUGAACCAACGAGGCCUCCGGGAUCCGGGGCCACCCCACCACGACAUCCCCAAGUUUCCCGGAGACUCCCAGGGGCCAAGCGACGGUGACACCCUCGCAUUCCAAGCCCUGCCCAGCCGGGACUCUUCAGAAGAGGAGGAGGAAGAAGAACUGGAUACGGACGAACGGGAGCCUUCCCCACUCCACGUCUUAGAGGGCCUCGAAAGUUCCAGUGCGGCUGAAAUUCCCGACAUUCCCAGCCUUUCCAAAAAUCCUGACGUACCCAACCUCCCUGAAAUUUCUAGCCUUUCUGAAAUUCCCCCAAUUCCCCACCUUCCCAGUCUCUCAGACAUCUCCGGUGUUUUUGAAGUGCCCGGCCUUCCAGCCAUGGCGAGUGUCCCCGACAUCCCUGGCCUUCCCAGCACCCCCGGCCUCCCCUGCGACUCCUGGCUCCAGGGAGCUCUGCAGGAGCCGGGUGAGGCUCCAGCCUCCAGGAGAGAACUGUUCCCUGCAAGCAGUUCUGGAAAACGGGGGGAGCCCUCCGCAGAAAGGAAGGCGGGGCCAGAGGAGGGGGAGGGAGUAUCAUUCCCAGAUUUCCAGCCCCGGGAUGUCCCCUCAGACCAUGGAUUCGCGGAGGAGCUGGAGUUCCGCUCGUGCUCAGAAAUCCGGAGCGCCUGGCAGGCUCUGGAGCAGGGGCAGCUGGCCCGGCCAGGUUUCCCCGAGCCACUGCUGAUCCUGGAAGAUUCGGAUCUGGGUGGAGGCAGCGGGAGCGGGAAGGCGGGAGCCCCGACAUCGGAGAGGUCAGCGUCCCGAGUGCGAGAGUUGGCCCGGCUUUACAGUGAGCGGAUCCAGCAGAUGCAGCGGGCUGAGACCCGGGCAUCGGCCAAUGCCCCCCGCCGCCGGCCGCGGGCUCUGGCCAAGCCCCAGCUGUUGCCCUGCCCGCCGCAUGAGCAGGCCGAGCCAGGGCCCCUUCCUGCCUUUGGACAUGUGCUGGUAUGUGAGCUGGCCUUCCCGCUGACCUGUGCCCAGGAAUCUGUGCCCCUAAGCCCUGCAGCCCAGGUUCAAGCUGCCACACCUUUGACUAAGCAGGGAGGCUGCCUGGAUGGCCGGGAUCUAAAGGAUUCAAGUUUGCCUGAGCAAGACCACCCGGGCACCCGGGUUCCCGCGGCUCCGCCUCUGCCUGAGCAAGGCCGCCUUUGGAACAUCCCGAUUCCAGCCGCCACGCCUUUACCCAAGCAGGAAGUCCCCUCAGACGGCCCGCCUCCGGCUAUUACAGCUUUGUCUGAUCAAGAAGUCCACCUGGAAACUCACGUUCCGGCUGCCACUCCUUUGACUGAAUAUAGAGGCCAAGUGGACAGCCAGGUGCCGACCUCCCCAGCUUUGCCCAAGCAGGAAAGUUGUUCUGAUGUCAUGGUUUUAGCCACCACUCCUAUGCCCAAGGGAGAAGGCCACUUGGACAGCCAGAGCCCAACCAACACCACAUUAACUCAGCAAGGAGGUUCCAGGGACGAUCCGGUCCCAGCCACUGCCUGUGGCCAAGCCGUUGAUCCUCAGGUCCCAGCCGACACCCCACUGCCCCUCAACGACCUCCCAGACACUCAGAUUCUGGGUACCUCCCCUUUGCCUGCACACGGGGGCCACGAAGACUGUCAGAUGCCAGCUGAGGCUGUGUUUUCCGUGCCCCAGGACCUCCCAGGUUUUCAGGUUCCAGCUGCCACACCUUUGCCCCAGCCCCAAGGCCUCACAGACACCGGGGUCCACACCCUCUCACCUUUGCCCCAGCAGGGAGGCCUCUCAGAUGUCCAGGGUCCAGCUGCUGUGCCUCUGCUUCAGGAGCCACGCCUCACAGACCUGCAGGUUCAGAAACUGACACCUUUGUGGGAGCAGAAGAACCUCGCCAACAGCCACGUGUCAGCCGCUGCCCCUUUGCCUGAGCAGGGAAGCCUUCAGGAUGUUCAGGGCCCGUUCCCCAGCCCAGUUCAGACCACCGUGGUUUGCUGCAAACCAGGAGGCCACUCAAUCCCUCGUGUUGCCAGUUCAGAGUCUUCAGACUUGACCCCACCCCACAGUCCCCCACCCCCAACCCGUCAGCUCCUGGGCCCCAGUGCAGCUGCCCUCUCAAGAUACCUGGCAGCCUCGUACAUCAGCCAGAGUCUGGCCCGGCGGCAGGGGCCUGGAGGAGAGGCCCCCCCAGCCUCCCGGGGCCCUUGGUCCUCCUCUGCCCCCACAUCACGGGCCCCUUCACCACCGCCCCAGCCCCAGCCCCCACCGCCCCCAGCCAGGAGGCUCAGCUACGCCACCACGGUCAACAUCCACGUUGGGGGUGGCGGGCGGCUACGGCCAGCCAAGGCCCAGGUCAGGUUGAAUCACCCUGCUCUCUUGGCACCCCCCCAGGAAUCUGUGGGCCUUCGCAGAGCCCAGGGGGCUCCAGAUGCCCCUUUCCACAUGUGACCCAGGAUGUUGGGCUUCUUGAAAAGCAAAGACUUCAGCCACAUACCACAGAGCCUCAGAAUUCACAGAGGUCCAGACACUGAAUGCAGGUCCAAAAAUUGCUACUGUUUCCCAAUGCCUGGGAUCUUUGGUGAUUGGUCCUUAUUACUUACCUGGAUUUACCCAGCAGGGUGGGCAAGGGGAGUGUCAUUAAUAUUUUGUUAAUUAAUAUUAUGAAGUUAUGUAUGUUUUCCCAUGCUGGAGACAGUGGGGGAUCCAGAAGACAACAGUGAAUGGGAAGGUCUGACACGGCACUUAGCAGUCGUUCCGAAAAUUUGGGGAAUCUCAAA